CAACUAGGGUUCUUCUCCCGCACCCAAUUUCACCCCCUUCCCCCCCCCCGCUCCCUUUCCAUUUUCCCUCUUUUCACACACCCAAUAAUGUAAGUACCCUGCACAGCCACCCAAAUUGCUCCCUCUUUGAUCUCAACCCCACGCUAGCUCCACCCCCUCCCCGUACACACCAAGAAAAGAGAUAGAGAGAAAAAAAAAGAGAGCAUCAUCAGCGGUGUGAGAAAGAGAUGAGGAGUUCUUCUUCUUCUUCUUAGAGUAAGAAGAAGAAGAAGAAGAAGAAGAAGAAGUAGAGUAGUAGUUUGUGAUAGUAUAUAUAUAUAUAUAUAUACAUAUAUCAAUAUAUAUAUUAGGUUGGAAUUAAUCGGGAGUAAGGAUCGAUGGAGGAGACGCUGAAGACGCUGUCGCUGGACUACCUGUACCUGCUGAUCAACGGGCAGGCGUUCAGCGACGUCAGCUUCAGUGUGGAGGGCCGACUGGUGCACGCGCACCGCUGCAUCCUGGCGGCCCGCAGCCUCUUCUUCCGCAAGUUCUUCUGCGGGCCCGACCCCCCGCCGCCCGGCCUGCUGUUCCAGGACCACCACCACCACCACCACCACCACCACCACAGCCCCCGAUCCCCCUCCGCCUCCUCCCCCCGCGGCGGAGGCGCAGGCGGCGGGGCGGGCGGCGCGGCGGGCCCGGGCGGAGCAGGCGGCGGCGUCGUGAUCCCGGUGAAUUCGGUGAGCUACGAGGUCUUCCUCCUGCUGCUCCAGUUCCUGUACAGCGGCCAGGUGUCGGUGGUGCCGCAGAAGCACGAGCCCCGCCCCAAUUGCGCCGACCGCGGCUGCUGGCACACCCAUUGCACCGCCGCCGUCGACCUCGCCCUCGACACCCUCGCCGCCGCCCGCUCCUUCGGCGUCGAGCAGCUCGUCCUCCUCAUUCAGAAGCAGCUGGCGGGGAUGGUGGAGAAGGCGUCGAUCGAGGACGUGAUGAAGGUGCUGCUGGCGUCGCGGAAGCAAGACAUGCACCAGCUGUGGGGGACCUGCUCGACCCUCGUCGCCAAGUCGGGGCUGCCGCCGGAGGUGCUGGCGAAGCACCUCCCGCUCGACGUCGUCGCCAAGAUCGAGGAGCUGCGGCUCAAGUCCUCCCUCGCCCGCCGCCACCCCCACCACCACCACCACCACCCGCCGUUCCUCGCCCACCACCCCAUCGACAUCGUCGGCGUCGGCGUCUCCGGCGGCGACGUCGAGGAGCACCACCACAAGAUCCGGCGGAUGCGCCGCGCCCUCGACUCCUCGGACGUGGAGCUCGUGAAGCUGAUGGUGAUGGGGGAGGGGCUCAACCUCGACGAGGCGCUGGCGCUGCACUACGCCGUCGAGAGCUGCAGCCGCGAGGUCGUGGAGAUGGUCUGCCCGGACAUGGUCGCCGUCCUGCUCGACCACCACGCCGACCCCAACAUCCGCACCGCGCUGGCGCUGCACUCCGCCGGCAAGACCCCGCUCCACGUCGCCGCGGAGAUGGUCUGCCCGGACAUGGUCGCCGUCCUGCUCGACCACCACGCCGACCCCAACAUCCGCACCGUCGACGGCGUCACCCCGCUCGACAUCCUCCGCACCCUCACCUCCGACUUCCUCUUCAAGGGCGCCGUCCCGGGCCUCUCCCACAUCGAGCCCAACAAGCUCAGGCUCUGUCUCGAGCUCGUGCAGUCCGCCGCCAUGGUCAUGUCCAGAGAAGAAGCCGCCGCCGCAGCCGCCGCCGCAGCCGCCAAUUCCUCCGGCGGCGGCGGCGGCGGCGGCGGAGCGAAUAGCCCGAGCGUGGCGAUGUAUCCGAAUAUGAAUUCGGAGGCGAGCAGCUGCAACGCGAACAGCAAUAGCAACAGCGGGGUGGUGAACCUGAGCCUGGAUUCGAGGAUGGUGUAUCUGAAUCUCGGCAUGGCGGCGCAAUUGGGGUGUAAGAUGAACGAGGGGGGAGAUGAUCAUGAGAGCGCCAGCAGUAGGUCCCAAAGCGGCGGCGGCGGCGGCGGCAUUGCUCCGUCUUCAAUGUAUUCUCCUCAUGGCUACCCAUGAAAACACCUUGUAAGCUCUAAAAAGAACCUCCUUAAUUUCCCUCACUCACUCUCUCUCUCUCUCUAUCUAUCAUAUUGGAUCUUUUGCCUAUAUGAUCUGAUUAUUGUUAAUUACCUAUGAUUUGGGAAGCAAGAAAAGGGCAAGGGAUCAAUUAAUUACGCAAGGUCAAAUGAGGGAAUGGGGUUAGAAUCAGAGGUAAUGGUCGAGGUUUUAUUAAUUAGCCCCUCUUUAAAGUAAUGGUGGUUAAAUUAUGGGUGUUGUGUUUUUGAUGGGGUUGUUUGCAUAAAAAGUUUCAUCAUUAUUUUUUUAAAAGAAAAAAAAAAUUAGGACGGAGGAGGUGCGACAUGUGCAGCUGCAUUAGACCAAUGAGAUAUUUUAUUAUUAUUAUUAUUAUUUCUCUUUUUUUUUUUGUCUGGAUUUUGGGGUCCUUUGCGGUUCUUUUUGGAGUAUUGGCUCAUGGGGGGUGCAUUUGCAUGUGAGGGAUUUAGAGAGGGAGACAAGUAGAAUCUAAGUAAGCUUAUUUGAAUGAUGGAAGAGAAAUGCAGGGUCAAUCUCUUCUCUCUCCAUGGCUUGUCACCCCUUUUGUUUUUACUGCUGUUAGCUUGUUAUAGCUUUUCUAUUUUGGACAAAAACUCCUUUGUUUUUGUUUCCUCUCUCUUUCUCUCUCUCUCUCUCUUUCUCUCUCUCUCUCUCUCUCUCUCUCUCUCUCUCUCUCUCAUGCAUUAGCGUUGCUUGCUAUAAUGGUGGAUGUAUUACUCCCAACAGUUAGCAACUAUUAUUUCUACUAAUGGUAGCUGGGAUCAUGUCCAUUGGGGAGAGUGGUGUGGGUGUUCCCCUUUUUAUCCCCAUUGCCUUUUGCAGAUGGCUUAGAGCCACCCUAUUGAGGCUUUGUUCCUGAAUGGUAGGCCUUUCCAAAUAUAGAGAGUGAGCCGUGCUCUCCCACAAUAUAUAUAUAUAGUUUCAAUAGUGCAUGUAUGUUUAUACCUUUUCCUUAUCUUUUUUACAUGAUAUCCCAUGCACCAUGACCAUCUUUUAGGACACUAUAUACUUUCCAGUACUAUUGUUAUGUGUGUGUAUAUAUAUAUGCACACAAUGUGUAAGUAGCUAAGUUAUCGACAAACAAGUCUCUUGUCUUGCAUGAAUGGAACACUAUAUGUGACUACACGACACUCUUUUAAUAUAUAUGAAUUAAUUCCCUUGUUA